CGUGAAUAAAACAGUGAUUUAUUUUAGUGGUGGAUUUUUUUAAGUCAUAAAAAGCGACGUUUUGGUUGUUUUUAUCGGCUUUACAGUGGGGCUUUAAAGUGUUGUGCAACAUCUUUACCGGUUUUUUCUAAGUACCAAAUGACGUAACCCUACAAUGAAGGCGUCGGAUCUAAAAGUACCCACCCGCAACAUCCUAACGGGUACCGUGGUGAACUGGGAGGACGAUGAGAUGGCAGGGUUGGGGGACACGCCGGAGAACCUGACGCUGGCCUGGAAGGACCUAUCCGUUUACAGGAAGAAGAAGUACCAGACCAGUAUAUGGAGGUCCCCGACCUAUGAAGAAGUGAAGGUUUUACAUGGCGUGAGUGGCGUCGUGUCGUCCGGCAACUUGGUCGCCCUCAUGGGUUCAAGUGGCGCCGGCAAAACUACACUGUUGGCAGCGAUUAGCAGAAGAGACAAAAGCGCUAUGUCCGGCUACCUCAUGCUGAACGGACGAUUAGCGGGAGCUGAUCUCAUCGCGCGAAUAUCAGGCUUCGCACCUCAAGAGGACCUUGCCAUUGGAGACUUGUCUGUUGCUGAACAUAUGGAGCUUAUGGCUCGACUGAUGAUGGACAAAAGGGCAACCGCAAUAGCUCGGUCCAAACGGAUCCAGCAACUGUUGGGCGAUCUAGGGGUCGUAAGCUGCACGCAGACCAAACUGAAAGCGCUUUCUGGAGGCGAGAGGAAACGAGUUGCGCUUGCUGUCCAGCUCCUCAACGACCCACCGAUCCUAUUCUGCGACGAACCCACGACAGGACUUGACAGUUCAGCAGCAAGUGCUGUGGUCUCCCGUCUCAGAAGAUUGGCGAUAGGUGGCAAACUGGUCAUCUGUUCCGUCCACCAGCCGGCGUCUGGUGUCUUCGAGCUAUUCCACCAAGUCGUGCUAUUGGCUAAUGGACGGAUAGCAUUUCAUGGGACUAUCGAACAGGCUGACCAAUUUUUUGCAUCACUCAACUUCAAAUGUCCAGUGGGCUUCAACGCAGCGGAGUACUACGUAACUCUUCUCGGUGUAGACGUAGAGAAAGAGAUGGAGAGUAGAGAUAGAAUCAGACGCAUAUGCAACGAGUACCAGAGAUCACACUACGCGGCAGCCAUUGAGAGCAGAGUGGGAGAUGUUAAAGAUGAAAUGGAGUAUUUCAAUGGGGAUAUAGAUGAAAAGAACGUAUACUUCGAGCGCUAUUUAACACUAGUCAAAGUAAAUUACUUCGUCCAAUUUUACUGGCUAAUGUGGAGAAAUAUACUAUCAAUAAAACAUAACAAAUCUAUUUGGAUAGCUGAAUUUGUGCUUCUUAUGUUCGUUGGACUCGUAAUCUCAAUCCCCUACCACGGCCACUUCGAAGAGCUAGACCAACGGGAUAUCCAGAACGCUGAAGGACUCCUGUACUUGAUGAUCACGGAAACCAUUUUCCUGUUCAUCUAUGCAGUUUUCAUCACAUUCCCUAGUGAAGUGCCCGUGCUGUUGCGAGAAACCGCCAGUGGAUUAUACUCACCCCUGCCAUAUUAUCUGGCGAAAAUUAUAUUUUGGAUCCCACGCGCGGUUAUAGAACCGGUUCUCUUCGUGACCCUGGUAUUCAACGUGGCAGGUCUUCAAGGAGGCUUCAUGAACUGGCUCGGAAUGUGUUUCGUCUGCAUACUCUGCGCCAACUACGCCAAUGCAUAUGGUUCUUUCCUGUCAGCAGUCUUCGACAAAAUGGAAACAGCAGCACUAGUCUCCGUUCCAUUCGAUCUAAUAGGGACUAUGUUCUCUGGAAUAUAUCUGAACUUGGGUAGCGCGUCCCGUUACAUCUCGUGGCUCAAGUACGUGUCGGCAUUCUACUACGGUGUUGAAACCAUAUCUAUCAUCCAAUGGAACUCAAUUGAGACUAUUAACUGUGUUAGUAUAAAGGGCAUGCCCUGUAUCAAAACGGGGGCAGAUGUGUUACGGAGGUAUGGAUUUAUGGAGGAGCAUUUCUGGAGGAAUUGCGUAUGUUUGAUGGUUAUGUACUUUGUGGCGCAUCUGAUAGCGUUUAUCAUGGUCGUGAAAAGGAGUCGAGGCACGCCGGUGUAUUAGGUUUUCAAAUUGUAAUGUAGGUAUUUAUUGUGUUCAAACGGUGCGUCCAAACUGUAAUAAAACGUGUUUUGUAGCAUGCUCUGGAACAGAUGCACCUUAAAUAUAAUAAUUCUAAUGAAAAUUUAAAUACUACUAUGACACAAAUCAUUUUCUCAAUGACUCUAAUAAAAAUAUGUAAAUAAAAUAUGGGUCUUCCUACUACGGUCUGCUGCACAGACCAAAUUGCGACACUCAAAACUGGGUAUCCAUGUUUUAUUCCUGGAAUUGCAAUAAAUUGAAAUUGAAUUGAAUUAAAUAUGUUUAAAGCUAGGCAUCCACUGUGUUCGCAAAUUUGUAGCCCUCCACGCUACUGACUAGUGUACAACCUAGGUACAUACAUUCCAUCCGCUGCAUAAAAAAAUCGCACUUAAAAUAAUAAGCGUGAUUUGCUAAAUUAGAUUGAUAUGAUUGGACAGUCGGCCGCAGGCUCGGGUGUUCAUUUUUUUUAUAAUUGGUUGAUAACAAUGCCUGGUGUCUAGUUAGUCUAAGGCUAAAAGCUUUCGCGAAAACUCCAAGCGGUGUCAGUUUUAUCACGAGCGAGGAACAACCGUGACGAUAGAGAAUACUAGACGACUUUAUUUGAGCACUUCGAAAGCAUAGUGGAAAGCCAGCUUAAGAAAAUUGUAAAACAUGUUUAGGUACUUGUUCUAUCAAUGUUCAACCAAAAGAUGUUUGUUAAUUUUUUGAUCCAUUUGUGUAUGUCUUUUGUUGAAAGUUAUAUUCAAAUCUACAUACAGUCCACCCUUAUUGAGUUUCUUAGUUACCUACUUUUAAUAUGUAAGCGUUAAAAAUAUUUGUAAGCUUAAAUUAUGUUUGAUUUUUCUGGUUAUAAAUCAAGUUAUGAUUUAACCUAGUUAUGUUUUAGGUAGUCUGAACUAUGUACAUUGUACACGAGCCUAAAGGCGUGUUCAGGGCACUAGCGCCUGCGCAAAUCUUUGGACUGUAUUAAAAAUACUUAUUAGACAAUUUUCAUAAAAUAUAAGAAAACAUACAUUGAAGCUAAAUAAUGUUUUUUUAAUCAUAUACAAGUUAGCCCUUGACAGUGAUCUCACCUGGUGUUAAGUGAUGAUACUUUCUAAGAUGGAAGUGGGCUAACUUGGGAGGGAUAUUUACUAAGGGGUAGUUACGAAUUAAGUGUUUUUCAGCGCAAUUAUGUAAAUUGUUAUGUAACAUAAUUACAAUCAUUUCGGUAUUUUUAUACGAAUAAAAAUGAAUUUAUUAAAGC